GGAGCCUGCUGAGCAGCCGGAGGCUCGCGCGGCAGCAACGUGCACUCRGUGCAGCGGUCUGAGCCGAGCAUAUUUUCAGUAGAGACGUGCAGCCGCUUCCCCGGGUCGAGGAGCGACUGAAUCUUCACUGCCAAAAUGUCUGACGAGGAGCAAGAGCAAACUAUAGCCGAGGACCUGGUGGUCACCAAGUAUAAGAUGGGCGGUGACAUCGCUAACCAGGCUCUCCGUCGAGUCAUCGAUGCAGCAAAACCCGGGUUCUCUGUGCUCAGCCUGUGUGAGUUAGGAGACGCCUAUAUCAUGGCUGAGACUGGAAAAGUCUUCAAGAAGGAGAAGGAAAUGAAGAAAGGCAUCGCCUUUCCCACCAGCAUCUCAGUUAAUAACUGUGUUUGCCACUUCUCUCCCCUGAAGAGUGACCCAGACUACACACUUAAAGAUGGAGAUCUUGUCAAAAUAGAUCUCGGGGUUCACGUUGAUGGCUUCAUUGCCAAUGUUGCUCAUAGCUUUGUUGUGGGAGCCAGCAAGGAGAACAUUAUCACAGGCAGAAAGGCUGAUGUCAUCAAAGCAGCCUAUCAAUGUGCAGAAGCAGCUCUACGCCUUGUGAAGCCUGGUAAUCAGAACACUCAAGUGACAGAAGCUUGGAACAAGAUCGCACAGUCGUUCAAAUGCUCACCUAUUGAAGGUAUGCUGUCUCAUCAGUUAAAACAGCAUGUCAUAGAUGGAGAGAAAACCAUCAUCCAGAACCCAACAGACCAACAAAGGAAGGACCAUGAGAAGGCAGAGUUUGAGGUUCAUGAAGUUUAUGCUGUGGAUGUCUUGAUUAGCACUGGUGAAGGGAAGGCCAGAGAUUCAGGUCUGAGGACCACAAUUUAUAAGCGGGACCCCAAUAAACAGUACGGCUUGAAAAUGAAGACCUCUCGUACCUUCUUCAGCGAAGUGGAGCGACGUUUUGAUGCCAUGCCCUUCACUCUUAGGGCUUUUGAGGAUGAGGCCAAAGCCCGUCUGGGAGUGGUAGAGUGUGCCAAACAUGAGCUGCUGCAACCCUUCAGUGUGUUGCAUGAAAAAGAGGGAGAGUUUGUAGCACAGUUUAAGUUCACAGUGCUGCUGAUGGCCAACGGCCCUCAUAGAAUCACAACUGGACCCCUCGACCCCGAGUUCUACAAAUCGGAGCACGAAGUUCAAGAUCCAGAACUAAAGGCUUUACUACAGAGCUCUGCAAGCCGUAAAACACAGAAGAAGAAGAAAAAGAAGGCCUCAAAGACAGCAGAAAAUGCAACUGGACAGUCAACUGAGGACACAGAAGCUGCGGAAUAAAAACUGCCUUUUCACACAUGCAAGACCCCAAAGACAAGAAAGAGAAUAAAAACGACAUGGUUUCCUGGACCUGCUCGUUUUGCAUUUGGUAGAUUUGACCUAAAGGGAUGAUACUAUUCUGAAAUCCUACAUGGAAAUUUAACCCUUUACUGCAUUGUUUGAUACUAUCAAGUUUUAUCCCCCUGUCAUAGAAAACAGGACAAAAACAACUAAUCCUUGUUUAUAAAAACUAACAUGUUGAUCUUUAAGUUAGCUUUUUUAUUAAAUAACUUCCUUGGCUUACAUUAAUUGACAUUUCACUGUGAGAAUCACGAAUUGCAUUUAGUUUGAUACUGUGGAUCUGUUCUUUGCUUGACCAACAGAUGAAUUAUGCAUCAUUCUUGAAGCAUUUAAACUUGUCUGUAGCUCAAAACAUUUAUUUAAAGUCAGCUGAGUUCUGUUUUUGGAGAUAUUCAAAAAAAUAUAUUUCUCUUUUUUAAGAAAUUAACUAAACAUCUAAUUAAAAAUGUGACUUCUUGGCAAUAUGAUGCAGUAAAGGGUUACUUUAUGUUUUUUUUUCAGCCAUUAUAAUUAAAAAUCAAGGAGUUUCCAAACUUGAUAUUAGAAAUGAAAAAUUGGAAAUGGUUUGCCCCAGAUUUUAUGAAUAGAUGGUAACAACUCUAUUAUAGCAACUAUUUUGACUUAAACUGCAGUUUUUUUUAACCAUGCUAGAUUUUAAAGCAAUAACCCAAAUAGUAGAGUGAAUAUUUUUAAAUGUACAAAAAGUUUAAAAAUCAACUUGACUUUAGGGAACAAACUGCUACACUGACUGCCAUUUCCCUUUUAUGGUAAAACAACUGUACUCCACUUAAAAAAAUAAACUUUUCUAUCAAUGACACCUGGAACAUUGGUCUUGUGAAGCAUGAAGACUAAAGCUGUUUUGGAGAGAUUCUUCAGUAGAGCUGGACCUGAAAUAUUUCAUGUCAGUUUUAUUUUGAGGUCUGAGAUAAUGUUAACAUUUGUCCAGAAAUAAAUCUAGUGGGGAAGCAAACUCCUGCUUUUUAGUUCAACCACUGAAGGGGUGGAACUUUGAGGAAAUAAAAUUGUUUUCAUACA